AUCCGGGUUACCAUUAACGAACAGGAAGCAUCUCCCACAAAAGAUAUUUUGCCAUCCUCAGCUUGUUCAGAAUUAUCUGUAAUUUCUCAAUCAUCCGCUUCAACUAUUGAAACUUACUCCAAUGAAGAAAAUUAUAUAGGCCCUGUGGAUCCAAAUCUGGUACAAAAUGUUACAUCUAAUCUUGGCGAAAUUGAGAAAAGCUCAGAAUCUGCUCCACAAUUACAAUAUACCGAUUCUAUUAUUAGCAAAGUUAGCACGGCUAAUGGUAAUGUAACCCCGAAUGAAACAAAAUUUCAACCCAGCAAUGCUAACUUUACGCUUUUAUAUGAAAAACUUUGUGAUGCUAUAAUUCUUGCUGAUCGUAAAACCCAAGAAGCUAUAAUGUGUUAUUGCCUAUUUGGAAAGGCCCUUAUUCAAAGACGUAAUGAAAUAGCAUCGGAAAAACAAGUUGAUCCAGAAUCCAAUAUUGUUAGUAGAAUUUUAAAUAAAGAAAUAAAAACACAGUUACCCGCAGAUACUUCUGAUAGCCUUUUAC